UUGCGAAAUCCUCAUUACUUACCUGAGACUGCAGUAAAGGUAACUCUUGUCAACUUCAUGAUCACUCAAGAGGGUCUACAGGACCAGCUUUUGGGCAUUGUAGUUGCCCGAGAACGACCUGAGUUGGAGGACGAAAAGAACAAAUUAAUUUUGCAAGGUGCCAACAAUAAACGCAAACUGAAGGAGCUUGAGGACCAAAUCUUGGGUGUGCUCUCCUCGUCCGAGGGCAAUAUUCUCGAGGAUGAGAGCGCCAUUCGUGUGCUCAAUUCAUCCAAAGAGUUGUCCAACGAGAUCGCCGAGAAGCAAGCCUACUUUGAGGAGACGGAGUUGAAGAUAGAUGAGGCUCGAGCCGGUUAUGUUCCUGUGGCAAUUCACUCGACAAUUCUGUUUUUCUCCAUUGCCGACUUGGCCAACAUUGAUCCAAUGUACCAAUACUCGCUGAGCUGGUUUAUCAAUCUCUUCAAUAUGGGCAUUGAAAACUCGGAAAAGUCUUCAGAUCUACCAACGAGACUGGCCAAUUUGACAUCCUAUCUGACCUAUUCACUCUACUGCAACGUGUGUCGUUCCCUCUUCGAAAAGGACAAACUGCUCUUUUCUCUUCUGCUCUGUGUCAACAUGCGCAAGCACCAGGGCUUCAUCAACGAAGCAGAAUGGCGAUUUCUGCUAACCGGCGGUGUCGGCCUCGACAAUCCACACCAGAACCCGGCAGAGUGGCUUCCUCCUGCCUACUGGGACGAGUUGUGUCGCCUUGACGAACUGUCUCGGUUCCAGGGGAUCCGUGAACACUUCAAGGCGAACAAAACGAGCUGGAAAACGCUCUACGACCAUCAGACGCCCCAUUCAGCGCCUCUGCCCACCGGCUUCAGCCAGACUGGUCAUGAUCUAUCCGAAGACAAGUUUGCGCGCAUGCUUAUCCUUCGAGUCUUACGGCCGGACAAGAUUUUGCCGGCAGUUCAAGAGUUUGUUGGCUCAUUCCUCGGCAAGAAGUACAUCGAACCGCCGCCCUUCGACCUGCCCGGUAGCUAUGCCGACUCGAGCAACAUUUCCCCGUUGCUGUUUGUCCUCUCGCCUGGCGCCGAUCCGAUGGCGGCACUGCUCAAGUUCGCCGACGACAUGGGCUUCGGAGGGCAGAAGUUCGACUCCCUCUCGUUGGGUCAGGGUCAGGGGCCGAUCGCGCUGCGCAUGAUCGAGCGCGGUCUGCGCGAGGGCUCAUGGGUGCUAUUGCAGAACUGUCACCUGGCGCCCAGUUGGAUGGGCACACUGGAGAAGACAGUGGAGGAGUUCAAUCCUGAGAUCAUCCACCCCGAGUUUCGCCUAUGGCUGACCAGCUAUCCCAGCAACGAGUUUCCCGUUUCCAUCCUGCAAAACGGGGUCAAAAUGACCAACGAGCCGCCCAAGGGGCUACGAUUCAACCUCUGGCGCUCCUAUCUCAGUGAUCCCAUCUCGGAUCAGGAAUUCUUCACCUCCUGCCCUAAGGAGCACAUUUGGAAGAAGAUGCUGUUCGGACUUAUCUUCUUCCAUGCCAUCGUACAGGAGCGACGGAAUAAAUCAGUGUAA